AGGAAAAAAAAAAUACCAGAUUUGGUUUUUAUUUAAAAUUAAUCUUUCUGUCAGCCAGAGUUUGAUAAUACUUGUUGUUCUUUAAAGCAGCUGCUGCAGCAGCAGUGCUAUUUGUGCAGUUUGACUCAACAAUGCAUACUUAAAUUAUAUAGAAAAUGCAUACUUCACAAUGCAUACUUAAAUUAUAUAGAAAAAGGCAAGUAUAUCUUGUAAAAGAAAUCUAAAACUGCCUAUUGUCGAAUGCUUACCCUGGCUGCUUUAACAAGGUUAAGAACUCUGCUCCACUAUAAAACCUAAAAAUGUCCUGGCCAUGAAGUUGUUUAUGUAAAAUAUGAGAAGAUCUAAGGUUACAGAACUUGGGAUUGGAAGAGCUUUUAAAACCAUCCUCUGAAGGCUGACGUCACGUGGAAACCAGCUGCUGGGAUGAUGCUAAACGGAACUGUUUGUCAGUUUGCAGAAAAUUGCAAAGUUGAACUAACAUUGCUCUAAGGACUUUGUCUUGAUAGAGAGGCUGAUGCUUCAUCUCUCUUUGAAGGGUCAUUCCUUGCAGAACUGGAAAGGCUUUUUCUCACCUCCUUCUUUUCACUCCUGGUUUCGCUUGGCUGGAAGGGAUUCUUCCACUGCAAAUGGGGAAAUCUGAGGCUAGGAAGUGACUUGCCACAGACUGAAUCCAGGAAGAAAAAGGACUGCAAAUUCGAAUUUUCUGGAUCCUGACCCCACAACUUUGUUGCCUAAAACCACAUGUCAACUUUGCAAAUACAUGCAAAUUUGCUAGGACCCUUUGGGUAAAGAGCUAUCAUAAGCUUCUCUACUGAUUCCUUUUAUACAGACUGCUGGAAAGAUAUUCAAGCCAGAGGACCCUUUUAAUUUUCCUGCAUUCUGAAAAAAAUCUACUCAAAUGUAGCAGCCUCCAAAUACUGUACAUUAAAAGUUAAAAAUAAAAAAGCAAGACCAAAUGAUCCCCGUUAAAAAUAUUGAAAUGGUUGCACAUGAUCAUCUUCAGAUGGCACUUGGAAUGCAAACAAGCUUUCAGAAGAGUGGAAAAGUUAAGCCAGUUGUUUUGGAGAAAUCAUCACUUUAGUCUCUGGCACUGAGCUAGAACUUUGGCCCUAAAAGUGAAGAAAAUUCAUUUUGCUUGCCUUCUUGCUCCUUCAAGCCAAGAUAAUUUACUUAAAUAACCAACGGCUUUUGUCUUCUUUUAUGCAGUAUCCUGGGGAUGUUGGGGCAGCUCUGUUAUUUGCAGCAACACUACUUUUAAUAAAACAGUCUUUACUUUAUCCAGACAGGGAUAACCCCCCCCCAAAAGUUCCUGGACCCCAAGUUGGUUGGAGCAAAUACUUAUAGCAAAGCUGGAAGAGGGGAAAAAAACCCUGCACUACCUGGAGCUUGAAACAGAUUUUUCUUCAUGUGAAGAAAAAGUGAAAGGAAGGACUAGUGAAAAGAAGGACUAGGGGUGACAUGAUAGCAGUCUCCCAAUAUUUAAGGAGGUGCCACAAAGAAGAGGAAGUCAACCUAUUGUCCAAAGCACCUGAAGGCAGGACAAGGCGUAAUGCAUAGAAACUAAUCAAAGAAAGAAGCAACAUAAAACUAAGAAGGUGGCACCCACGACAAACAAAGCUUGCUCUAAUAUCAUCAUUCCCACUUUCCAAGAAAAGCUCAGAAGAGAAGAGAGAAGGACACAUCCUCUCCUCUACUGACCCAGCAACACUAUGGAUCUUCAGACCCAACUAGAGCACAUGACUGAGAAGAACUGGAGUAAAGAGAAGAUGGAGCUGUUGGAACGUUUCGACAGUGAAAGGAAAGAAUGGGAAUGCCAGUGGAAGGUCAUGCAGAAGAAAAUAGAAGAGCUUUACCAGGAGGUAAAAUUAAGGCGUGAAAACAAUAUGAGUAUCUCUGAGAAUAAGCCCAUUCAUAACAAGGAAGAACAGCAAGCUUGCUCCCCCACCUUAGAAUGGAGUGACCCACCAGGAUUGUACAGCUGUUCGCCAGAUAAAGAGAGUUUGCAAAGCCAAGCCGAAAAGGAAAGCAAGUGUGUGAAAAACAAAAGGAGAAACCAUGCUUUUGCAAAAGAUCGUCUCACUUUUCAAAAUUCUAAGGAGUCUGAAAACUGUGUAGACUUGAAAACAACCAAGAAUUACACUCAGGAUCUCAAUAUUGCCCUUAAAGAACUUGCCAAAGUAAGUGAAGACUUGUGUACCUACCAAGAAGAAAUCCGUAAGAAAGCCAACCAUAGAAGGAAAAAAAUAUUUCCUUUCCUUGGAGAAUCCAUUGAAAGUGGGAAUGCAUCGAUUACCCAAGAGACAAGCCAUGCAUAUUAUAAGAGCCCACCACUGGCUGCAGUUGCCUCUGAGACGGAAAAGCAAAAUAAUAGAAAGAAUCUGAUUAGCAUCAACAGGCAUUUGAAGGAAACUCCAUCAACUGCUCUUUCUGUGGUUGAGGAAACCAGCUUUUUGCCUUGGCAAAGACAAGAAGGGCCUCCUGUUCCCCCCAGAAGCACCUCUCGGCAUUUGACAAGCUCUCUUGCAGACGUUUCCGAAGCAUUAGCUAAGCAUGUUGAGCAGAGAAAUAGCUGCACAACCCAAGAACAUCCAGAUGGAAGUCCAUUAAUUUAUCCAGCUGCUCCACUGACAAUGUCAGAUGAAUGUAAAUCUCUUAGUGGGCCUAUAGAAAAUCAGGAUCAGUAUAAUGGCCACAAACAUCCAGCAACAAUUCUUCACAGUGUGUGGUCUUGUGAGGCAAGCAAAAUUGAAAAUGGACCCGAAAGUGGCUCUUCCAGACUUGCUCUCCAGAAGUGCUCUUCUGAUGGAUAUAUGAUGACCCCAAAACAGCAUCCCAAAUUUCAAAGUAGUGUACAUUGUACCAGUAAUCCUUACAUUGCGGCAUGUGAUACACUGGAAGAUUCUGGGUAUGAAACUGGAAAGACUCAACGCAAUGAAACACUGGAAGCUAAAAUUGAUGAGUUCAAUCGGACUGUAUUUCAUACAGAUAAAAGUAAAAAAUGUUUGCUGCAGAACCAAACAGAGCUGCCUGGUGUUCCUAAAGCCCAUUGUGGACUGCAGGACAGUCUGAACAAUGGGGCACCAAACGAAGAGUCGACUUAUGUUUUGAAUUCCAAGCUGUCUUCAAAGAAGGAAGAAAAAGCAAAUAGGCCCAGUAAAGAUAUUAAAACAAAACGACAACAAAAGCAAAUAAACGGAGUUUUAAGUGGCUACCAGCACAUGCUUCAUGAACAUGACUGGUGGCCAAGUAAUUUGUCUGGUCGUCCACGAUCAGCUGAUUCAAGGUCCAACUAUGGUGUUGUUGAGAAGUUGCUGAAAAACUAUGAAAAACAAGUGCAAUCUGAGGCUGAAUUUACUGAGGGCAGCUACAAAAAAAUGGGCUAUUAUCCAGUACUCCAGACAGAGCAAGGAAAGCAGGAGCAGCAGAAGAAUUCAGUGAGACAUCUUGGACUAUAUACCAAGCAUGGAAAAGAGAAGCAGAAAUUUCCUGAGGUAUCUCUGGCGGCCAAGCAGUCAAAUGGCAAGGCAUUCUCGCGGCCAACUCUCCCAGCAAACCGACGCUUACCUUCCAGAUGGGCCUCCAGGUCUCCAUCAGCACCACCAGCAAUGAGAAGAACACUUCUGAAUGAAAUUGCUUGAGACAUUUCAGCGGGUCUGAACCUAGUUGUGGAUUCAGGACUGAUGUGAAAGUACCAUGUUUUUUGAAACACUCUUUUCCAUAUUCACAACUAGAACUAGUUAUGCAACUCUACUUCAUUGGUCAAUAAUAACUAUCUUUUUGACUUGCUGAAAAACUCUUUGGAUUCUUGGAUCAUUCUUACUGUCUUCAGUGUUUUAUCAGUUAGAUAAGGAUUCCCUUUUCCCUGAAUAUGUAUGUGUAUAUAUGUAUAUGUAUACAUAUAUUACUCAUAGUAAUUUUUCUUUGAAUAUAAUGUCAUUAUUCAUCUCCUUAAUAUGUUUUUAAUUUAAAUUGAGUGCUGUACAUUCUGACUUCCCCCACAAAGGGUAGGAAGAAAUGCUGUGUGCAUGAUCAUGUCAUGUUAGAUGCAUGUGUUGAAAUAGCAAGUGCAUUUAGUUUGUAACUACUAUAGAAAAGAUUAUUGCCAUACCAAGAUGCCUACAUAUAGUCAUGCAGUUUUCAAGGUUUGAGAUUUGUUUGAAGGAAUGAAUGAAUGAAUGAAUGAAUUGAAUGAAUGAAUGAAUGAAUGAAAAUAUAUCAAUAUAGUCCCUGGGAGAAAUGCUGGAUUAUGCAAAAGCCCAUCUAGUCCAACAUGCUAUGUCUCCCAGGGGCCAAUACAUCCCAGGAAAAUAUAUCCCUGCCAAUACUUACAUUCUGUAUAUCUUUUAUCUUUUACAAGUCUAGCAUUUAAUAUAAAAAAAUUAACUUUAUGCAUUUUUUAAAAAAAAAUGCAUGCUAGCAGAUAGAAAGUUAUUUGCAAUGAUGUCAUAGAAGCUGAAUGGACUGGUUUUUCAUUCAUGCUUCACGUGUCACUUUUAAUCUGCCAUUAUUGAAAUGUUGCAAUGCUCAAUCUGAUGUUUUACUAACAUAUUUUUUUCCAAUUCAAAGCAUCUACUUAUAACUAUUAGCUUUGCUGAAUGUACAAGCAUUUCUAAAAAGAAUGUCUAUUAUUUCAUUCAGUAUUACUGUAUGUGUCUUAGAAACUAGACUCAGAUAAUAGCAUCAGAAGAUACUUGUUGGAUCGUGUCACACGCCCAUCCUGUCCCCGUGACCAUCUAUAUGCAGUAGGACAUGAAGCGGAAAGCCUCUUCUUUUCACCCCUAGCAGUUAGUAUUUCAGGUAGUCUGUUUUUGAACUUGGAGAUAACACACAGUAGUUCUUGACACCCAUGGGAAGCUUAUUUGAUCAGCAGUAUGGGUUGAGUCUGGGGAAAGAAGGAGACAGAGGUCUACUCAGCAUCUCAAAAGCAAAGCUAAACUUAUCAAGAGACACAGAUCUUUCCAUGCAAUUUAACCCUUGUCCUGAUAUGACCACUUGUGCCAGCUGCACCCAGGGAUAGAUACAUGUGCAUUGUAACAAUGUCUAGACAUGCAAACAGAUAAAUUAAUGGCAUGGAGACAAGCUUUACAAAUGGUACUUGUGAUCACAUGAUGGCUCAUGUAGUUUUUUAAUUCCACUUAUUAGCCUUUUUCUCCAUUUGCCUCAAUGUGAAAGUUUAGGAAAUAGCCUUGAAAGAUAAGAGGAAGAGCCGUCAACAAGGAAACGGCCACACAAUCAGGUCUUCGAGCCCGGGCUAAAAAAGCAAUGUGAGAAAAUGUUUUUGACAAGCUUCUCCCUAGUUCAUCCAGAUGAAAUGAGCAAAGGGGAAGCACAUUCAGAUUUGCAAGAUUCUGUUACUAGAGCUGUUACAAUAAAAGUAGUCUUGAUCUAUAUGAUAUUGGUUUCAUAGCCUGGUCCACCUUGUAGGGCUGACACCCAGUAUGUUUUAAAGGAAUAGUGAAAUCACAUACAGAAUUAACGUUAAGAUUUUCCUGGAUCAGGAUUUCUCCAUAUGGAUUCAGUUACUUUCUUAUUUGAUUGCCUACCUGCACUUAGAGAUUCUAGUCUUUAGUAAAGCAAAGUUAAAGCAUGGAGGCAGAUAGAUAAGCAAUAUUAUGGCUAUCUGCCAUGAACCUACUUUUUUGGACUUGUACUCAGCAGUGACGGCAGCUACCAGUUUACCAUGAUAAAUAGAACCAGAUCUGGCAAGUACUUGGAUGGAAGCUCAGCAGGAAUCCCAGAGCUCUAUAUUAGAUGAAAAACCAAAACAACUGUGUCAGAAAAAAAACAAUCAUUGGUGGGUUGUUACCGGUUCGUCCCCAUUCGGGCAAACUGGUAGUGGCGGCAGUGGAAGGCUCUGCCCACCCACUCGGGCAUCUCUGUGCAUGCGCAGAAGCUUUUGCACAUGUGCAGAAGUGUCGUGCGUGCGCAAGUGCACGCACGCCCACGAGCAAACCAGUAGCAGCCGAAAUUGAAACCCACUAUUGGAAUCAAUGGCAAACCAUUCUAAUCUGUUAGCAAACAAAGGGUCAUGCCUACAUAGCUUCCAGAAGUUGAGCUUGAUUUAAGGAAGGCGUUAUUUUACUGAACUUCAGAUAGCCAAGGCAACUCCGUAAUUCUGCUCCCGUGACUGAUAGAAAUGGCUCUCAGUUAUGAGUUCACUUGAUUUUGGCACAGGCUUGACAGAGUGUGUAAAUAUUGCGUCCAGAUGGGAUUGCUGUGGUGCCAGAAAUCCUAGACGAAUGCCAUUACAGGCAUGUAUUUCCCUUAAUCUAUCUCUUGUGUUGUUGGCUGUUGAUAUGCUAUGUAUGUAGCCUGGUUUAUUUCUCUUACCAGCAACUGAAUGAAAUAUCAAAUCUGCAAAGCUGCCUUAUGGAAAGUCAUUAAAAAUCUUCUUCCUCUU